CAUUUUCCCCAAAUAAAUUAAUCCUAAAAUUACUCUGAAACUUAGGUGAAAAUUAUCUCCAUCACACAUCUCGAAUAACAGGUGAUUUCUUGCAAUACCCACUAUCUGAUUCCCAAGUCAAACAAUACCCAAAUGAGAUUUUUUGCUUAAUCCCGAUUGGUUUUGAAGAAUACAGAGGAAUCAAGGUUCUGAUCCUAUUUCUCAACUGGGUUUCACUUGGUUUGUCUUGUAGAUAUGAAUUUCAGGAGCAUGGAUGAUUUCUGGGCGUUCUAUAUGACCCAGCACUCGAAACCUUCCACAAGGCGUUGGCAUUUCGCUGGAACACUGGCAAGUAUGUUACUAUUGAUGUACUCUCUGAUGUUUAAUUGGUGGGUUGUGCUGUUUGUGCCGGUUGUUGGUUAUGGACUUGCCUGGUAUAGCCAUUUCUUCGUUGAAGGGAAUGUUCCGGCGACCUUUGGGCAUCCAUUUUGGUCCCUUUUAUGUGAUUGGAAGAUGUUCGGAUUAAUGCUUACUGGGAAAAUGGAUAGGGAGAUCAAGAGGCUUGGAAAGAGGCCUGCUUUGCAGGGCUUUUAAAUGCUCAUGUAAGGUUUCAGACAUAUACUCUAGUUCUGUUUAAGUUCAUAAUGCUUUUGAUCAUGUUUAAGUAUACCUUUUGUUUACAUUUGACAUGAAUAAUAAUUGAGUAAAAACACUUAUAAUGAUUGAGUUUGAUGGCUUGAUGCGAAUACAUAGUCAAAUUCUUUUGUUUGCUCAUAUAAAUUUAACAGGAUCCAGAAGUAUCUGAAGGAUACGAUUGAUUACUUCUACGUUCAUAUUCAUUGUGAUUUAAGUGGUUUAUUCAGUCACGUAUAUGGCAAGCUUAUAGUUGGCUGUAUGUAUAGAAACAUGAACUCUUAGAAAUGUGAUUCAAGUGAAGUGUAUGGAUAAAUCUGCAUUCCUGGUAGAAUUGGGAAACAUGGUUCUAUUUGCCUGCAUUCUGUAAAUCAAAUCCUUUUGAGUGA